CAGAAUCAUCGCUCCGGCAGUAUCAGCAGCACGCACCAUGGCAACCGGCAAGGCAGAUAUGUCCGAGCUUACCGGCUCGAAGCUGUUUGAUGUCUCGCAUGUCACGGCUGUCGUGACUGGCGGAGGCACAGGCAUUGGCUUGAUGAUCACGCAGGCGCUGGUCGCCAAUGGCGCGAAGGUGUACAUCACGGGACGGCGGGAGGAAACGUUGAAGAAGACGGUGGAGUUGUACAACAAGGGGCCUGGCCAGAUCAUUCCCCUCCCUGGUGAUGUCAGCGACAAAGCCGACAUCCAGCGCCUCGCCUCCGAAAUGACGAAGAAAGAGCCGUCAGGUAUCCACCUCCUCGUCAACAACGCCGGCAUCGCCCGCGACGACGCCACGAAGUUCAGCACGAAUGGAGAGCCAGACCUUACGUCUGCUGAGGCCAUCAGCGCGCACUUCAUGAAGUCCCCGCAGGAAUCCUGGGCCGAGACGUUCAACACCAACGUCACGGGCGUGUUUUUCACUAGCAUGGCGUUUGCGCCGCUGCUCGCACGCGCGAAGGAGAGCACCCCCGGCUAUGCGCCUAGCAUUGUUACUGUGUCGAGUAUCUCGGGCCAGAUGAAGGGGAGCUCGAUGGGCCAGUUUGCUUAUGCGUCUAGCAAAGCCGCGGCCACGCAUGUGAGUCGCAUGCUGGCGUCGACGUUGGUGAAAACGGGGAUUAGGGUUAAUAUCAUUGCGCCUGGUAUCUUCCCCAGUGAGAUGACAGCCGGCUCCUCGGGCGAGGACAACAAGUCCGAGCUCAAGCCCACAGCGGGCAAUGCGGCGGGCCGCCCUGGCCACGACACGGAUAUGGCGGCCACGAUCUUGCUGCUUGCGGGCAAGGGCGGGCUGUUCUAUAACGAGCAGAUCUUGUAUCCGGAUGGUGGAAGCACGCUGAUUAACCCGGCUGCGAACUGA